CUUGCCCUUCCUUCUCUCAGAUCGCGCUGCCCGCGAUCCGACCCGCCCCUCCUGGAUCCUCCAGAUCUCUCUGGGGGCUUGUCUGGUACUCGAUACUGGGCUCUGGGACCCGAUCAAUUCUCGUUUCCCCCUGCUCAUCCUCAUCCGCAUCCUCACCAGAUUUCCGCCGCGCCCGCGGUCGAUCCCGUGGAUCUCUUCCCUCCCGCCGCCGCCACCACUGACCACCCACGACAGACCUCCUCCUCCUCCUCCUCCUCCUCCGUCACCCUGGCUACCCUUGCGAUUCCUCCGGGUAUGGGGACGGCGCUUGACGCGCUGGCACCUCCUCAACCGUUGAAUGCGCGCCGCCCGGGGGCUCCCAGUUUGCCCAGCUUCGAGCUGCCAGCUCCCAAUUUCAGCGCCGCGGCCUUCAAGUAUCCACCGCAUCACCCCCAUCUCCCCCCACCCAAUUCCAGUGUCAGUACCCUGAUCACAUCUCCGGCCACGACUCAACAUAGCGAUCCCAUCUCUGCUGUGACGACCACGACCUCCACGACCACUCCCGCGACGACCUCCACGACCUCUUCCACCCCCGCCACGACGACCACUGCUGCUACCGGUGCCACGGGCAUUCCCGUGUCCGCCUCACCCGACCUGACUUCUUCGUACUGGGCGCAGAGCGCGUACGGGAGUGCGUCGGGGGCCGCCGCCCGGCAGGCCUGGAGUUCGGGGCUCAGCUCUUCCUAUUCCAAUCGAGAUACCUUUUCGCCUUCCUUCAAUCCGCUCCACCGGAAUCCGGCCACCUCAACCCCGGGGACUGAAGCCAUCCCCUCCGCUUACGACAUGAAUCAGCUCCCUCCUUUCCACCAGCCGCCGCCACCGCCGCCGCCGCAGCACCAACACCAUCACCAUCACCUCAUGGCGCAUGCCAUGCUCACGGCGCAGAACGGCCUACCCAACCCGGCCGCGUCUCCACACCCGCUCCCAUCAAAUGACCCUUAUAUGCCCAAAUCCUCGUCGGCCCCGGCGUACGGAGCCGUCCAGCAACUGUCCAGCCCCGCUGGAGCCGCCUACCAGCCCUAUGGCGCGGCCCCCCCCGCGCUGGCAAUGCACCACCCUCCCCGAGUCGUGUCGAAUCCACCCCACCCGGCCGCGGGAGCUGCCCCGCAUCACCUGAGCUAUCAGCGACAGCCGUGGCCGUCGUAUUCACUGCCCGCGAUGAACGGGCCGGUCAUGUCGAAUGUACAUAGUCCGGGCAACCAGAUGUCGUUGCUGGGUCCCCUGCAGACGGGACUGCUCCCGGGCUUCAGCAGCGGACAUAUGGCGAGUAUGCAGCAGAUGUAUGGCGGUCAUCCGCCGCAUCCGGGCCAUGGGGGCCCAGGGCCUACGAACGACCGCCCCUUUAAGUGCGAUCAGUGUCCACAGAGUUUCAACCGGAAUCAUGAUCUGAAGCGACACAAGCGCAUUCAUCUGUCGGUGAAGCCGUUCCCGUGCAACCACUGCGACAAGAGUUUCUCGCGGAAGGAUGCAUUAAAGCGACAUAUUCUCGUCAAGGGAUGUGGCAAGGAAGGGGCCGAAGGCUCGAAACCGGUGAAAGAGGAGGACAAAGCGGAGGACGAAUCGAAUGGACAGUCUUAGGGUUUUUUUUUCUUUCUUUUUUUUUUUUCCCCUGUUUG